UUUACUGUCCCUACCCCACUGCUUUCACUCUCUAGUGUAACUCAAUUACAAAAUGGCGGACGAAGAAAAGCAGAGUGAACCUUUCGAUCUUCUCGAACAAACGAUCGAACAGUUCGUGGAGACGACUCGUCAAAUAGGAAUUAUUGUGAGUGACUUUCAGCCGGGAAGUCAAGGCGUAUUGAACCAGAAAAUAAACAUGAUGGUCGAUAACUUGCGAGAAAUUGAGAAAUGCAAAGCCCACGUCGCUGAUGUUGAAGUCCCUCUUGAAGUGUUCGAGUAUAUUGACCAAGGGCGGAACCCUCAACUCUACACAAAAGACUGCCUGGAAAAGGCUCUAGUAAAAAACGAACAAGUUAAAGGAAAAAUAGAUGCAUAUAAGAAUUUUAAGUCUCUUCUUGUGGAUGAAUUAUCUAAAGUUCUUCCCAAAGACAUGAAGGAAUAUAACAAGAUCAAAGAGUCUCAAGGCUCAUAGCAACAGAAAUCAAGGAAAUUAGCAAGAACCACCAUUAUCUUCAGAUGUCAGUGCUGGGGACACUGCAGCAACUUGUUUAUGCAGUUUUACUACAUUUUCAUUGUACGUACACAUGUAUAUACAGAUAUUGUAAAUAAAAAUAAUAUUAUUGAGUAAAUCAUUAUUUUAAGUACUGCA